AUGGCUUCAUUUCAGAUCAUCAUCAUCGGCACUGGAAUUGCUGGUCUUGCAACCGCUAUUAGUCUUUCUCAGAAGACACAACAUCAAAUUCUGAUUCUCGAAAGCAGUUCGGUCCUGACUGAAGCCGGCGCUGGUAUUCAGUGUUCUGCUGCGGCAUCUCGCGUCCUCAGCAGCUGGGCGCUGCGCGAGGAAUUCGAGGCGGUAGCGACCUGUCCAGAUUUCACCGAGAUCAGGCGAUAUGAGGACGACGAACUUAUCGGUCUCAUUCCCGCCAACGUCAAUGACUAUUCCACAAGAUUGCGGGGAUUUCCACACUGGCUUGUUCAUCGAGUCGAUUACCAGAAAAUUCUUGCGGAUGCUGCUACAACAAGAGGCGUCAAGAUCGACUUUGGCCAAAAAGUCGUAGCUAUUGACGUCGAUAACGUGGAGGUGACACUGGCGAGUGGAAGAUCGCUGCGCGCAGACCUGAUUAUUGGAGCUGAUGGUAUACAUUCAAGGACCCGCCGCUCAAUUCCCGCCCUGAAGGACGUCGUCCCUCGAAGAACGGAGAAUUACUGCUAUCGAGCCUUGAUACCACGUGAGGAGAUGCUCAAAAAUCCUGUAACUGCUACUCUGAUAGACAACCAGAGCCAACAGGCUUGGGCUGGCCAAUUCAAGCACAUCAUUUCCUACCCAAUCGCCAAGGGUAAGUUUUACAACUUGGUGAUGACGGUUCCAGACCAUGGCGACGCACCGUUGGGCCAAUACAAUGAACCAGGCGACGUCUCAGAGAUGCGUCAGGUGUUCAAAGACUUCAAUGAGACUGUUCAGGCCGUACUGGACACCAUCGACAGCUGCGCAAAGUGGGUGUUAGCCGACCUACCACCGUUGCCUACCUGGUCAAGUCCAAACGGACGUGUUAUUCUUGUGGGAGAUGCUUGUCACGCUAUGGCACCACACGCCGCCUCUGGGGCUGCUACGUCGCUCGAGGACGCCGAAGUUCUUGGUCUUUGCAUUGCAACUUGCAAUGGGAUAGCAGAUCUUCCAAGAGCCGCAAAAGACUAUGAGCACCUCCGGAGGCCUCGGUGCGAACGGAUCCAGGAGAUCUCUCGUGAGAACGCGACCACUUUUGCACUACCAGAUGGACCAAUGCAAGAAGCAAGGGAUCAAAUCUGGAGGGCCCAGAAAGCGAUGUUAGAGAAGCAGUUGCAAGAGGACACUCCCUUGGCCAUUCCGGCAGAGGAUAUGGCCCAACAGUUUCCACAUCCAGCUCUGGUCCAGUGGCUUGUUGGACAUGAUAUCAUAGAAGAAGCAAGAACACAUCUUGCGACCCGAAAGGAGAUCCACAACAUUUUGUAG